CGACAGCAUCAGCAUGAAGCGCGUUGCCCCGGCAACAAGCAGCGUCAUGAAGAAGUCUGGCUCCAGCGGAUGCCUGCUACAGCAGCGCUCGUCCUCGACUGAUGGAGCGCCAUCUUGGGGCGUAAAUCCAAACGAAAUGGACGACGUCGUAGAGCUGUUCGUCACGCUACCUGACGGCACAGAGAAGAUGCUUGCUGUGCAGGCGAGCAUGCCGAUGAUGGACUUGCUCAUCCAGGUGGCUGCAGCCAAUCGCCUCUCUCCUGCCGGUUACGUCAUACAGGUUCCCGACCCGGACAGGCCCGGAACCUGCAUACUGUAUAAACCCAACACCAUGGUGGGAUCACUGGGUACAGAUCACGUGUACGUAGCAGCCAAGAACCAGCUGAUGUCCGAGGGGAAGCGAGUCAAUAAUGCCCGCCAGGUGGCGGCUACACCGUUUGAGGUACCAGAAGAAGAUCCAGACUUUCCUCAGAGUCAGCAGACAAGGAAGAUUCAGGGUCCGCCACGAGGGGGCAUAGCAGUGCUGCCGAAGGGCGUCGAACCUAGAGUUCUGAGAAAGGCAACAUCUCUUCCCAACCAUGUUGCUCUCCAGACAUCGGUGCCCGAUAAAAAGAAACGAAAGGCACCGGCUCCCCCGCCACUGACGCAACAACACCCCAUUAUUGAAGAGGUAGGCUACGAGGAGGACAAGAGAGACAGACUGCACUCACGCCAGAGCUCCGGUUCCAGCGGCUACCACGAGAACCUGUCCGCUUCGCCCGACAGUGCUGCCAGCAGCGGCAGAGACUCGAAACUCAGCUUCGAGACGAGCUCAGAAGAGGGCGGCGACUUCUGCGCGCCGCACCAACCCCUUCAUCAGCGGAGAAUCGUGUCCGACUCGGCUCUUCCCAAGUACCAGAAGCGCAAAGCCCCCGCCCCGCCGCCGCUGCCGCACGGGGGCGCGGCGAUCACAGCCGACGACGUCGCCGCAGCAGCAGCAGAGCGUUGGUCGCUGGGGGAGGAUGGCAGUGAGGGGGACACGCAUGGAGGUGCAGCCGAUAAUCUAAGCGAGCCGAGUAUGACGUCACUGCAGACGAUGGAUGAGAUAGAUCAGUCGUUUGAAGACACGAUCGCCGCCGCAGAAGAUGCGCUGAGAAAACAUGAAGCCGAACAGAUAAAGAAGAUGGAAUCGGAAGAAGCUCAGCUAGCGCCACCUAUCGGACAGUUUAAACUGAAGCCGGUGUCGCGACACAGCUCCGCAGAUGAUUCUGUUUUCCCUGAAGCAGGACAACCCCCGCUCGCUGACUCAGAACUACAGAAAGCCUUCCAGAAACUGAAAACCCGCAGCGAAUCCGUCGACGAUGCGACCUCCGGUGACGUCACCGGUGACGACAACAGAUGCACGUCAACGCGCUACGGCUCGCCGCCGACGACCAACGGACCGACGUCCAACAGGGCGCCACCUGUCGGCGAGGAGGCUACGCGGUCGGAGGGCGACAUAGACUGGGUGUACGAGAUACGAGGAGCGACUCCGGUGACGUCACGCGGGUCAGAGCGCGCGCGGGAGAGCGGUGGUACGGGCUGGAAGGAAGAGACGCAGGUUGCGAGCAAGGUAGCGCGCACUGAAGAGCGCGUAGGCAGCAGCAGCAGCAGCCAGGGUCGGGAACACACGCGGGAACACACGCGGGAACACACGGAGGAACACACGGAGGAACACAUGGAAGAACACACGGAGCAACACACGGAGGAACACACGGAGGAACUUCGGAACGUAGGCGGGGAAGAUUCCGAAGAGAAAAGCCAACCGCGCGUGUUCAGAACCGUCCUCACCUUUGGCGACAAAAACUCUGCACCGGCCACCAGGGGCGCUGCUACAAAGGACGCCGCCACCAGGGGCGCUGCUAGCACAGCAGAGACUGAAGCCGACCGAUCGACGACAUACACGAGAGAGGCUCGCGAUACCACCACCAGGGGCACUGGCAUCUCAGCGGACCCGGAAGCAGACAGGUCGAUGACGUACUUGAGCGACGUGAAACAAGUGGCGCCCGAAUCACCCGUUCCUUACUACUUCGCCGGAAACGCCAGCGAGCCGGCCGCAGCCGUUGCCACUAGCAACGAUAUUCAGCAGACGCCUGCGGGCACGUGCGUGCGUGUCGUGUCCUACUCAGAGGCGUACAUGAAGGUGACCGUUAACAGCGACGACACGAUAUCGACGGUAGAGGGCUCUGUGCGCGGCAUCCGUGGCGGCGUGCGCACGCGCUGUAGCGAGCUGGCCGUCGACGACAACGGAAGGCCGUUUAGAAGGCAGCUGGUGGGAGACAUGGAGGCAAUAACGGAGACCGAGCCCGAGCCCGCGCCAGCCAGCCAGGCACCCGCAAUGCAAGCUUCCUCUGUCACACAAGGACCCUCCCUCACUCAGGGACCCUCCCUCACUCAAGCUCCCUCUGUCACUCAGGGUCGCUCGGGCGUCGGCGACCAGCCGUCGAAGGGAGGCAGAGAGACGGCUGGCUGGAGAUCCACGGAAGCCGGAAAACAGGAGAGAAGCCAUCGACCUAAGGUCGUGAAGCUGACCGAGCCAGAGGAGCCGGUUGCUAGGGGCAACCGGGCGUCCACGGACAUGCCGCUGCUGCGUAAGAUGAGUAUGAGGAAACCCGGGCAGGUGUCACCGACGGAGCCGCCGCCCUCCGACUCGUGUGAGUCAUCCUCCACGGUAGCAGCCGAGAUGGGAGCAACCAGUAGUGCAGCAGCCAAGAUGCCAGCUUUCCCUGUUGCAGCCGAGAUCCCAGCGUAUAGCGGUGCAGCCAACAUCCCAGCUUCCCGUGGUGCAGCCAAGAUUCCAUCAUUUAGCAGUGCAGCCAAGAUUCCAGAAUUCAGCAGUGCAGCCGAGAUUCCAGCAUUCAGCAGUGCAGCAGAAAUGCCAGCAACUCGCGGUGCAGCCGAGAUGGGAGAGUCCAGCAAUGCGGUGUUGUCAGGAGACGCCCAUGAGAGGUAUUCUCUUAUACAGAGUCAGUUCGCUGAGCUUCAGAGGAGACUGCAGCGUGGCAGCUCGCACCCGGACGAGCAGCUGCUGCUACUGGAGGAACUGCAGCGUUUGAUGGCCCUCAACCAGCAGUUCAUACAGCAGCAGUCUCUCACCACAGCGCAGCCUUCCGCUGCUGCUGCUGCUGCCAGCACCCAGCUUGCUAUUCCCGCUCCUCCUCCCGUUCCCCUGUCGUCACUGACCACUGCCCUUCCGACCAGUCGUGUGAUUUCAACCACUCACUCGUCGUUGACCGCUCGCGCUCCGCUCACCGUGAAGCUACUGACAGUUGACGGCCCUCACGCGGCCCGUCCGCCUACAGGCUAUGAUGCUCCCGCAACGUCCGCUCUGUCGUCGGCGACGUCGUCCUCCCAGCCGCUGCUGCUAGAGUGUCCGCGUGGGGGCGCUGCAGACGGUCCGGCGAUGCAUAGAGGGAGCCAGUACGGCGCGUGGUCGCAGAGCAGAGAGACACGCCAGCCAGGUGGCGCUCCCAUCGCCCCGCCGCCGCCGCCAGCGGCGCCAUUGUUGCUGGACGACGUCCGCGCCGGACUGCGUUCGAUCGCUCGCAGUGCGCCGCCUGGUGGCGAGAACAAACCGCUUUCCGGAGAAGAUUCGAAAGCGGGUCUGUUGUCGGAGAUUAUGAUGCACGGGGGAAGGACGUCCUUGAAGAAGGUGCCACCAACUCGCAAGAUGUGGAAAGAUGGCGGCCGGAUGUAACUCCGCUGCCGCGAGAUGGCGCUCUACGCAGAAGCUGAUGAGACAGCGUUGUCGCGUGAAGAUGUGAGGAUGUGUGAGGCAACAAAUCUUCGUCCGCCAGAUGGCGUGAAAUCACGCGGUGGCGCGUGAGGACGACAGCAACACGCCGUGAGGAGAACAACACGCUGUGUUUGAGCAACGGGUGUUGAUUAUUAGCCGAGGAUUCAAAGAUGCUGAUGUUACGGGGUCCUGAAUUCGCCCGUACAGCAGAGCAGCGGCGAUCUACUGAUGUAUCGAUUCACCGGAAGAAAUCGGAUUCAUCGAAAAGUCCGGAUCAAACCGGAUCCCCCUCAUCUUGCGCAGCCCGUCUCUCGUAACGUAUCAUGGCGCAUGCGCAAGUAGCGCCAUCAUGAGCGGGGUAGUAUGCACGUCAUAAUAUUAUAAAUGACGUACGCAGUCCGCCUUUCGAAGUCGACGCAAAUUAAACGUAAGAGAAUGGCAAGCGACUGCUUCCUCGCCCUGUAAUCUUAUAUCUUAGAGGCUUCAUUACGUUAUGUACGAUGGCAGCAAAAUGGGGAGCGUAAUUCUAACUCAGAUAAUCUUAUAUAUAUAUAUAUAUAUAUAUAUAUAUAUAUAUAUAUAUAUGCCGUCUGAAACUUGCCUCAAGAAUUCCUAUAUUGUGGUUUAUGCGUUACAACACAGAUCGAAUACACUGUAUUAUAUGUCAACGCGCAUUCCUUCGUGUAUUAACUGGAAUGUGCUGUUGUUAUUUAUACACACUACAAUAACUAGCAAGUUUAUCGCACACGAGAAACCUAGUGGGGUUUUACUCGCCGAAUAACGGCUUAUGUAGAAUAUCAGGUGUAACAUGUAAGCUUAUUGUCUAUAAACAACGAAAGCUCUUUUAUCGUUCACAUAUUCUCGUAGCGUAGAGUCUUUUUAUCUAAAGUUUCUCGACUUCUUUCCUCACUGGGUAUCCAGGUAUAUUUAGAUGGCUAUAUUUCGCGUAAACACGCGCAUGUACACACGUGUGCGCGUGUGCGCGUGUGCGCGUGUGCGCGUGUGUUAAUUGAAAUGUACAUAAUGUCUUGAUUAUGUUGGCAUUGCGUUCUAUUUGCGUUUCUGAGCGCGUAUCUAGCAGUUAUGCAACUGAAUGCAAUUUAUACGCUCCAUGGCAUUAUUUAUUGUCACAGAAUACUCUACUAACGGCAGUACGUUUAGCAUGUGGCCACGCGUGCAUGAUAACAUAGUAUACAUCUCGUCUGCUCGUGCCUAGUAUUAUAUAUAUAUAUGUAUAUAUAUAUGUAUAUAUAUAUAUAUGUAUAUAUAUAUGUAUAUAUAUAUGCACAAACACCGUGGUUUUUUGUAUCUAAACUUGUUAAUGGGGCUCAAUUAGCGAUGGAUGAAAUGAAAUCAUGUAUUGUUACAAAUAACAAACAAUAAUAAUUUAGUAAUAAAAACUGACUGAGAAAAAA